CUGUCAGUUCCUCGCUCUGUUCGACAGGUGGCGCUCUGGUUACAGCAUCAAACCCGCCGCCUCCAGUCUGCGCGCGCACGCCUCUGUGGGUGAGCGCGAGCUCGCCGCCGGCUCGGUGAUUGCUACGAGCUCAGCGCGGCGGCGCGCUCAGCUGUUCGCCCCUCCCCCCUCCUCUUCCUGUCCGUAAAACGCGCACGCGGGCGCACAGUGAGCGCGCGCGCUCCGUGUUUGCCCACAUGAGCCCAAACUGUUUUUGUCGCUGAGAAAACAAAGUCUGAUCGCGCCGCCCGCCUGCGCGCAGCCCAAACAGGCACCGAGGCGCGCUUUUACGCACAGCCUCAGAUCUGGAUUUUACGCACACGGAGCGCGGAGCUGCUACACCUGUGCGUAAACAGCGCCGCGGGGGGCGGGGUGAGGGGACAGAUCAGAGGGCGCAGGUUGAUGAUCAGAGCCUGGAGCCGCUGCGGGAGUCGGUGGAGGUCUGCGGUGUGAGCGCGGGGCAGGAAGGAGCAGAAAGAGGAUUUUUGGAGAAGCUCCUCCUCUCCGUGAUGUCGAAACCUCCUUAAUUACUAAUUUCUCCACAUCGAAGCCACGCUCUUUCCCUCCCCCUCUUUUUCUUUCUCUUUUCUCUCUCUCCACUCCUCCAUCCAUGCAUCUCUCAUCCUGACCCUCCUUUCUCUCUCCUCUCCUCUCUGUCUCUCUCUGGUUUCCAGGAUAACGGAGGUGGACCAGCCUGGAGGAGCCGCUUUUUUAUUAUAAUUAUUAUUUAUUCCCGCUUUUUGUUUGGGCUUUUUUGUUUGUUUGUUUGUGUUUUCUUUCCUGCCACCGGGCAUGGAGGACGUAAAAACCCCGCCGACCGUCCACCGGUCCUCCUCCUUCAGCAUCAAGAGCCUCCUGCUGCCCUCGAAGUGCGAGCGCCCGGACCCGGUGGCCGCCGCGAUGGUCGGCAUCCCCGGAACUCUGUCUCCAUCACCGGGCUCCGACUCAGACAAGUCGCUGGGCCCCCCGGAGCUGGACUCCGCGGUCGCGGGUCUGGAGCAAGGGAAGCCGGGCAGGGAGGAGCAGGGGGAGCAUGAGGAGGAGGAGGACGGAGGAGGAGGAGGCGGAGGAGGGGAGGACUCCAAGCCGACGCCGACACCGGAGCAGAACUCCACCGGGAGCAACAACAGCGCGAAAAACGGGAAGUACGACAAGCCUCCGUUCAGCUACAACGCGCUGAUCAUGAUGGCCAUCCGGCAGAGCCCCGAGAAGCGGCUGACGCUCAACGGCAUCUACGAGUUCAUCAUGAAGAACUUCCCCUACUACCGGGAGCACAAGCAGGGCUGGCAGAACUCCAUCCGGCACAACCUCAGCCUCAAUAAGUGCUUCGUCAAGGUGCCCCGGCACUACGACGACCCGGGCAAGGGUAACUACUGGAUGCUGGACCCAAGCAGCGACGACGUCUUCAUCGGCGGGACGACCGGGAAGCUCCGCCGGCGCUCCGCCACCUCUCGCGGGAAGCUGGCCAUGAAGCGCGGGCUGCGCUUCGCUCCGCUCGGCUUGGAGCGGCCGAACAACCCGCUGUACUGGCAGAUCUCCCCGUUCCUCUCCCUGCACCACCACCACCACCACCACCCGCACUACAACGGAUCCUCGCCCGGCUUUCUGAACCAGGCGGCGGGUUACGGGUCGCUCCUGCCCGCCGUGGAGCAGCUGAGUAACGGGGACCUGGGGCGCUCCAUGGCGCUAGGCUUGACGAACACUUACGGGACGAGCAUGUCGCCGGUGGGGCUGCUGUCCGGACAGACCGCCGGGUACUUUGUCUCAGGGAGCCAACACGCCCCGGGGCCGCCGGGAGGAGGGCCCCCGCCGCAACCGCCACCCCCGCCGCCGCAGCAUCUCCCGCAGGGCGCCGCAGGCUUCGGCGGCCUGGGCUCCAGCGGCUCCCCGCAGUCGCUGCUGUCGGACUCCCUCAGAAACAGCUCCUUACCGGCCUUCUCCCCCGGCGUGUCGGCGGGGUUCUCCGGGGUGCUGUCCCACCAGAAGAGGGUGACCCCCAACGCCUUCCUGAACUGACCCCCCCCUCCUCACCCCUUCGGACUCUCAGCGGAACAAAAGACGUCUGUAAAGGGCAGAAAAUACGCGGUAAAUAUCAGACAAUGAGCAGAUUUAUAGAAAUAUAUUAAUGAAACUUUUUGGCCAUAUUCUGGUUUAUUUCGAUUAUUUUCCAGAGGGAAAAAAGGGACAAACUUUUGUUACCCGCGGGUGUAAAACUGUAAACUAGACUUGCCAAAGGUAACAAACACUAGAAGAAUAUUUCAAACUAUUUAUAUCUUGUACAAAGAUUUUCAGUACUUUUCUUUGAGUCGUUUAUUAUUUAUGUUUUGUAUUUAUUGUACAAUGUAUUUAAAUUUUAUUCUGUGUAUUUACUCAUCAGUAUUAAUGAAAACGGGUGGGGGCUGGGAUUAUUAUUAUUUAUGAAUUUUGGAGACAAUCAGAACUUUUUCUGUUUAUUUGAGUGGAAAAGGCGUUUGAAUAAGUUAAUAAUUAAUAUAAGCCUUAAAGUUGUGAAAACAAUCAGGGGUUUUAGAGGAAAAAUAAGCCUAAAAAUCAUAUCUGCACUCAGGUUUGACCCCAGACCGGCCUAAGGACGAUCAGAACAGGAGAGUUUCCUUCCAGAAUGAAAAUAUCCAAACUAAAAGUUUUUAUUUCUGUGAAACAGAACAACAACAACAACAACAACAAUAAUAAUGAUAAAUAAUCUCUGCUGCUGCUUAAAAUCCGAAUAUUUGACCCGGAUAUCAUAGUUUUGGAACCGAACUCUUCAUUUUAAAGUAU